UAGCCACAACAACGCGAAGAAGAAGAAGCAGAAGAAGGAGAUGAGGAAGAAGGCAAUGUCAAUUUCAGCUGUCAUCUCUUUCAAGCCAAGCAUAAUAACGGUCUCCUUCUACAGUCUGUGUUAUGCUAGAUAUAUAAACGCACUUGAUUUGAUAUUAGCUGCACCGAGAGAAAGUGCUCUGAAACACACCUUAUCGUCGAGAUCAAUUGUGAAACACGAGCCACCAGGAUAGCUCUCUCACUGUCCCACUUCUCCAGGUUGAAGCGCUUCUGAUAGUGCAGCUAACCCCAUAGGCAGGAGGAUGUAUCUUCUUUACACGAUUAUCGCCUCCUUGGUUUCAUUUUUUAUUCUAAAAUGGUUAAAAAAGAGAAGAUACUGCACGGACCUGAAGAGGCUUGAUGGAAAAACCGUCAUCAUCACAGGUGGAAGUUCUGGCAUAGGCAAAGAAACAGCGAUCGCCUUGGCAAUACGAGGCGCCCGUGUUAUCAUUGCGGGUCGAGAUACAGACAAGUCUGAAAAAGCGGUGAGAGAGAUCAAGUUCAAGAGCCGCAGUCUGAAUGUCUCCCACAUGGAGCUCGAUUUGGCCAACCUACGCUCAGUGAGAGAGUUCUGCAAGAGUUUUCUGCAGAGAGAGAAGAGACUGGACAUUCUGGUCAACAAUGCAGCCAUGCCCAGCGUGCUGGACUGGACAGACGACGGCUUCAGCAUGUGUUUCGGGGUCAACCACCUGGGUCACUUCCUCCUCACCAACACGCUGUUGCCGCGGCUGAAGGAGUGCGCACCCAGCCGCGUGGUCACCCUCACCUGCUCCAACUACAAGUACCAAAAGCUGGACUUCCAGGACCUCAACUACAACCUGCUGCCCUUCUUCACCUACUGCCGCAGCAAGCUGGCCAACAUCUACUUCACCCAGGAGCUGGCGCGCAUGGGCGAGGCCAAAGGGGUGACCGCAUACGCCGUGCACCCAGGGUUCGUCCAGAGCGGCUGGACGUGCCACUACUCCUUCCUGUUCCGGAUGCUGAUGCAGGUGAUCAUGUGGAUGUUCUUUGUGCCGUGCGAGAUGGGCGCCCAGACGGUGGUGCACUGCGCCGUGUCGGACGCCGCCGCCAAACACAGCGGGGGCUACUUUGUGGACUGCCGGCCGGCCGGCCUGCGGCCCUUCGCCAAGGACUCGGGCGUGGCGAGGAAACUGUGGGAGGCCAGCGAGAGACUGGUGAAACUGGUUUGACGUUGGACCGAUCGGGAGGAUUCCAGAUGGCGGAACCUCGGAUGAAACGUGUUGUUUACAGGGCUGACAUUUUUGUUGACCCGAGGUGUCGAUUCAAUACAUUUUCCAGUUUGUUUUUUGUCUUUGUUAUUUAUUGGUUAUUUAUUUUGAUUAUUGCAAUGGUUACUGUUGUACAAAUAUUUAGGACUAUUUUUUUUUUUUAUUAUUAUUAUUUUUUUUAAUGGUAUGAUUUGAUCCUUCUUUGAAUCUACUUUUUCGCUCCAGGGUUAGUCAAACAUAUGCAAGUUACUAAUUGUCUGUGGAACAAAAGCAAUCCAUCCAUUCGAUAGUAAUAUAAUGACACAAUGUCGUGCCAAAAAGCCAAUGCUUUCUGGAGAUUAUUCUGGCCAUGAGAGGUCGCUAGUGUGCUUAGCUAUAAAGUAUCUCAUUAAAUAUGUAUACGAUGAUCAACCAAAGUUGAUUGAGAGCGAAAUCCCUGGGUUCAUCUGGCCUGAUUUGCUUAAUCAUGUAGACUCAUGUCACAACAUUUAGAACAAAAAUGAUAUCCGCAGUGAAAGUUUAUAUAGUGCAGGCUUACGUGUAUCUGUUCCAUGUAAAUGUGUUGCUGUCAAAAUAAAUUUAGCAACAGUU